UGCCAAGUUUAUUGAAACCGCAGAACUCGUGAGCUGCGGACGUGUCUCGCUCGAUCGCACCACCGCGCCACCUGUUAAAUCCUCUCCAUUCGCUCUCUCUCGCACUCUCCCUCUCAAUCUGAAACUCAAUCUCCCGAUUGACUCCUCGUAGCUGCUAGUUGCAUCGUCGUCGGACGCGCGUCUUGGGGAUUCGUGAUAUCGUGUCGCAGUUUGAUUGAAUUUGAUGUGAAUAAUAGGCUGGAGAAGAGGCUGGAAUAUUACAUAUUAUUUGUAUUUGGCAAUACGGUGUUGUGCACACGCCGCCGCCGGCUCGCUUGCGUUGCCUUCGAUUUUGUCAUCGCCGCGGUUCCGAUCAUUGUUAUUCUGCUCCUACGCAAUAAUUAUUCGAACUCGCUCGCGGAUUUCGACUCUGUAUUUGGGCAAUGCCCAAUUCUAAAUUGUUAAUUGCGUGACAAAGACAACAAAUAACAAACAAAAAAAUACAACGGCGAGCAACUGUAAUUCCUACCCUACCCACGAAAAUGCAAAUCAAAAUGAAAAGACCACAGGGCGGCGGUGAUAGCUCUGCCAGCAUUACCGCUACGCUGAUGCUGCUGCUCCUCAGCGUCCACGCAGCCAUUGGAAGGCCUGAUGUACGGCCCUCGCCAUUCGCCUUAGAGCUGCAGCCGCCACUGGCGCAGACGGCGGAGGCAUUCAAUGUGGCCGGAGUGGGCGGCCAGAGGUCCGUCGACAGUUACGGCAAUCCGAUCGCGGGUCUGCGUCCCAUCGACACGCCCGACGGGCGCAAGGUAGUCAGCGCCCAGGGCCUCCAGUUCGAGAUACCUACCUAUGCGUCCGGCAUCACGGAUAUCCGACAGCCGGCGGAUGAUCUGCUCCCGCCCCACAUUGAUGCCAUCGCAGUGGGCCUGGACACGAGCACCGAUCAGAACUCAUUCGCACGAGCCCCAGCAUCCGUAUCCGCAUCCGUAUCUGCAUCUGCAUCCGCACCAGCACCAAUACCAGCCACAUCACUAACACCACCAAAGCAUAGCCCAUCCCCCAGCACGACGACUGUCACCACAGAUGUGGAGGUGGAACAGGCCGAGCUGGUGCCGAUCCAGCAGCAGCAAGAGGAGAGCGUCCAGGAGCCGCUGGUGGCCAGUGGAACACUGCCCGAGUAUAUCCGAGAGUUGCAGCGUCAGGAUCCGGACAUUGGCGGCCCAGUGUCAUGGACUCCGGCACCGAAUACAGCGCCCCUGAGUGUCAUCGCCUGGGACCUGUUGCCGCCGCAUCUCGCAGACCCUGUCACCGCCCCUGCCCCGACCUUGGAGCCACUGAUAAUCACCGAGGAACAGCCGACGCGGUACGUGCUGGGAGUGGAGGAUCCUGCCAGUCACAACAUUCGCCUGAGUCUGAGCAGCGGCGAUGCCCUGAUGCCGGCGGCCCCUGUGCCGCACCAACAGACGCAGGGCCAGGUGUCGGUGGUGCCGCUGCAGCGGGAUGGACCGGAGGCUCAUGGAACCAAUGCACAUGUGGGCAGCACGACGCCGAGCAAUGCGGGUGGUAGAUUCCCCAAUCGCCAUCGCGGAACGGCGCACUAUAGCACCACCAGAAGCACGACGUCGACGCCAAGGCCGCGGAGUACGAGCACUACUCAGCCCCCAAUGACGACAACAACAACAAAAGCAACAACUACAACAACAACCAGCACAACUAGGAGAACAACGACACCAAGAAUAUUCACAACGACCAGAAGAACGACGACAGUGCAGCCAACGCCCCGCAGCACCACCCCCUUGGAUCCGUCCACCUUCUACAGACUGGACAACAACGAGGAGUACGCGUACACGCUGCCCCCCUGGCUGCAGGAAGUCACCGAUCCGGACCUUGACGUGGCCGUCACCUUUAUCGUGCCCAAGGACAAUGACGAGUACAACCACACGCUGGCCGACGAUCUGGAGCCGCCGUACGAGCCGUUCGUGGAGCUCAACAACAUUCAGUUGACGCCGCCACCGACGGCUGAGCCUGCGCCAUUGCAUACGACGCCGAGCACCACAACUAGUACCACCAAGGCCCAUACCCAUACCCAUACAACAACGCACAGCACCCAACCACAGCACACAACAAAAACACAGAAAACGAAACUGAUUACAACCACUCACCACACAGAUCUCCUGAAAGGGGCAACGGGAACGGCAACCACGCCCAUGACAGCGGAGGACAACAGCCCAUUUGAUUCGUCAACGGUGCCGGCCUGGCUGCGGGACUUUGACUAUCCGGACGUGGGACCAGGAGUGCCCUACAAUCCGGACAACUUCAAGGAGGCAGCUUUGACGCAGCCGGCGGGAGGUAGUAAGCCAAUUGACUUUCGGCCCCAGGGCUUUGAGCCAGCAGCAUCACGCUCCCCGACCAUCCCACCAACACCAAUCCCGACCAGAGCAGCCCCAGCUGCGGCCUCCGUCUCCUCCGCUUUUCCAUCCAUAGUCUCGCUUCCGCUUCCAGGCACCGCCCAGGGCAUCGACAGCAGUCUCAGCAGCACCAAUGAGAGCCCAGAGCCGCCGCUGGUACUGGUGCCGCCAGCUGACAAGCCCAGCGAUGACUCCACCUCGUCCUUCGCCUCCAGCAGCACGAGCAGCUCCGUCCCACAAAAUCCUAGUACAAACUCUAUCACCAAUUUUGCAGCACUCUUUGAUCCCCAAGGCAUUCAGUCCGCCGUCCAGAACCAGGCGCCUAAGGCCGUCACCGAGGACCAGUUCCCGCCCUUCAAUGCCGGCAGCUCCACUGAGGGCGUCACCAAGAAGGUGGAGUACACGAAGAGCGACGAGGGAAAAGUGAUCAGCACCCCGAUCAGUGCACAGCGCAAAGACACAUCGACGCCCCCCAGCAACACGGGCAAGUACACAGGAGGAUUUGGCGCCCCAGCGGGUUUGCUGCGGCCCCAGGCCCCAGGCACUUCCGGCUCCGGCUCCGGCGCCAACACCAAUCCCGGAGCAGCCAACAGUCCGGACAGCAGUGCUGGCACCUACGUGGCCGGAAACCAGCACGAAUUCAGUAACACACUCAAGGCCAACAGGGCUCGUCCUACUGUCAACCCUGGUCGCUACACCGGCGGCUUCGGUGCACCCAACGGUGUUCUCUCUGUUCAGGCCGAGCCGAGACCCUUCCAGCAGCCACAGCAGACGCAACAGCCAGACUCCCCCAGCCAUUCGAGCCGCUUUGGCGGUCCUCCAGGCGUUUUGGUCCCAUUCGACAAUGUGCAGCGUGCCGGCGGCCAGUAAGCCAGAGGGCCAGAACGCGGUCACAGAUCACCGCAAAAACACUGUAAAUUAUUUAUAAUCUAAGUACGUGUACUUAUGUUAAAUCUUAGAAUGUUGUUGAUAAUGCAACUAAUUCCAUUCCCCGUGACCCUUUUGUAGUAACAAUCUAUACGAACCUUUAAAAAGUUUUCGAGUUUCUAUGUUGUAUGUAGCAUAAGCUUACACUAAUGCGAAACGCUUCUUGAACAAUAAAAUCGCCUGUCGACUAUCGAAAUGAA